GAAACAAUGACUUCAACACAAAAGGACCAACAUGGAGCGAGAAGUCAGCGCUCUCAGGAGGCCGACAAACCUCACAGAAGAAAGGGAGAGAAAACAUACACCUGUGACGAGUGUGGGAAGGGUUUUACCCGGACUGACAGCCUAAAAACACACCAACUCAUCCACAGUGGAGUUAAAGCGUACAGCUGUGACUUGUGUGGAAACUCUUUUAACCGGGCUGAAACCUUAAAAAGACACCAAGUAAUGCACAGUGGAGUUAAAGCAUACAGUUGUGACUUGUGUGGAAAGUCUUUUACUCUGGCUCAAAGCCUAAAAAAACACCAAGUCAUCCACAGUGGAGUUAAACCUUAUAGCUGUGACUUGUGUGGAAAGUCUUUUACUCUGGCUCAAAGCCUGAAAACACACCAACUCAUCCACAGUGGAGUUAAAGCGUACAGCUGUGACUUGUGUGGAAAGUCUUUUACUCUGGCUCAAAGCCUGAAAACACACCAAGUCAUCCACAGUGGAGUUAAACCUUACAGCUGUGACUUGUGUGGAAAGUCUUUUACUCUGGCUAAAAGCCUGAAAACACACCAACUCAUCCACAGUGGAGUUAAACCUUACAGCUGUGACUUGUGUGGAAAGUCUUUUACUCUGGCUCAAAGCCUGAAAACACACCAAGUCAUCCACAGUGGAGUUAAAGCUUACAGUUGUGACUUGUGUGGAAAGUCUUUUACUCUGACUCAAAGCCUGAAAACACACCAAGUCAUCCACAGUGGAGUUAAAGCUUACAGUUGUGACUUGUGUGGAAAGUCUUUUACUCUGGCUCAAAGCCUGAAAACACACCAACUCAUCCACAGUGGAGUUAAAGCGUACAGUUGUGACUUGUGUGGAAGGUCUUUUACUCUGGCUCAAAGCCUAAAAAAACACCAAGUCAUCCACAGUGGAGUUAAAGCGUACAGUUGUGACUUGUGUGGAAAGUCUUUUACUCUGGCUCAAAGCCUGAAAACACACCAAGUCAUCCACAGUGGAGUUAAACCGUACAGUUGUGACCUGUGUGGAAAGUCUUUUAUCCAGACUGGGAGCUUAAAAAUACACCAAGUCAUCCACAGUGGAGUUAAACCUUACAGCUGUGAGUUGUGUGGAAAGUCUUUUACCCAGACUGGACACUUAAAAACUCACCAAGUCAUCCACAGUGGAGUUAAACCUUACAGCUGUGAGUUGUGUGGAAAGUCUUUUACCCAGGCUGGAAACUUAAAAACUCACCAAGUCAUCCACAGUGGAGUUAAAGCGUACAACUGUGACCUGUGUGGAAAGUCUUUUACCCAGUCUCAAAGCCUAAAAACACACCAACUCAUCCACAGUGGAUUUAAAGCUUACACCUGUGACUUGUGUGGAAAGUCUUUUACCCUGGCUGGAAGCUUAAAAACU